AUGUCGAUGACAUUGGCGACAACAUGGGUCCGGAGGGGUGUUGCUGCACAAUUCCCCACCAAAUACGAAGUAGACGAAGCAGAGCUCAGUCGCAUCUCGAAGUUAGCCCGCCUGCAACUUGAAGAUGCGCAGGCAGAUCUCGAAGAGGCUCAGAAUCCAAAGACCGAGGAUGGGUCCGAAGACGAGGACGAUGAUGGCGAGAAUGGAGUCUCCACAAUGGAGGGUACAGAGACGAAAACCACCUCCGGCGACGACCCGGACGACCUAAAGGAAUACAACCUCGACGACUACGACGACGACGAGCCUGCAGACGAGAUGGGCGAGAAAUUUGCCAUGUUCGGCAACGUGGGCUCCCUAGCAUACCAUGCGCCUCAUGAGGAGGAUCCAUAUCUUGUGCUACCAGAAGGCGAACAAGACUCAGAUGACGAAAGAGAAGACUUGCAAAUAUUGCCCUCAGAUAAUCUCAUUUUGGCCGCGAAAGUCGAGGACGAGGUUGCGCAUCUCGAGGUGUUUGUCUACGAGGACGAGGCAGACAAUCUCUACGUGCAUCACGACAUCAUGCUACCCGCCAUUCCCUUAUGCGUCGAGUGGAUCAACCACCCGGUGGGGCAAGAUUCAGAGAACCGCAAAGAAGGGAAUUUUGUGGCCGUUGGCACCAUGAGCCCUGAAAUAGAGGUCUGGGACCUCGAUGUCGUGGACAGCAUGUACCCAACUGCCAUACUGGGUCAAGAAGUUGAUGGCCAAGCAGAAGGAGACGUCAACGGCGAGAGUACGAAAAAGCAGAAAUCCAAGAAGAAGAAAAAGAAGCCAAAGGCCAAUGACGAGUACCAUGUUGACGCUGUGCUCGCUCUGGCUGCGAAUCGCGAACAUCGAAAUCUGCUCGCCUCGGCGUCAGCAGACAAGACGGUCAAACUAUGGGACUUGAAUACGGGCAAAUGCGCGAAGUCAUACACCAUGCACAGCGGGAAAGUCUGUGCCUUAGAUUGGCAUCCUACCGAGUCCACCGUGCUACUCAGCGGCAGCUAUGAUCGGACAGUGGUUGCGACAGACAUGCGGGCACCAGAUGCCGUAGCACCCAAGUGGGUGGUUGAAGCUGAUGUCGAGAAGGUUCGGUGGGAUGUGCAUGACCCCAAUUUCUUCUUCGUGACGACAGAGACCGGCACAGUGCACUAUUUCGAUGCAAGGAAUGUGCCAACCUCUCAUGAGAAGCCAAGCAAGCCGGUGUGGACAUUGCAGGCACACGACGGUCCAGUGAGCGCAUUCGACAUGAGUCCAUCUGUUCCCGGCCUCGUCGCUACCGGUUCUGAGGAUAAGAGAGUUAAAUUGUGGAACAUCGAGAACAAUACCCCUACUAUGGUUGUCUCAAGGAAUCUCGAUGUCGGACGUAUCUUCUCCGUGCAGUUUGCGCCUGAUUCCGAAGUCGCAUUCAGACUUUCUGUCGCCGGCAGCAGGGGACAGGUACAAGUAUGGGAUAUCAGCACCAAUCCUAAUGUACGGAAGGCUUUCGCUGGAAAGGUCAAACUGCCCGAGUCAGAUGGGAAGGAGAGAGUCGUUGCCAUCAACGACAAUGGCGAUGAGACUGAUGAUGACGAUGAGGAUGGGGGUGCCGACGCAGGGCAGGACGGCUGGGAAUCCAUGGACGAAGAUUGA